UCACUUUCAGGAACAUGAAGUUUAUUAUUGUUGUUCUCUACCUUAUACUGUUUUGUCCGCUAGCUUUUAGUGGACUAGCACCAUGCCAAGCCCGUACAACAAAUGUCUAUCUCAACAGCGUGGCCUGCAUCGAAUUUUGUAGAAGAAUGGGCGGGAGAAGUGGAAGCUGCGAUUCUGGCAUAUGCGUUUGCAGAGGAUAGUUAUGGAGGAAGUUCUCUUGUAGAAUGACUUCGAAUAAAGCAUUUUUAACGUU